AAAUUACCGAACUGAAUGAAAGUCCUAAACUAAUGAUCAGCAGCAAAAAAAGGAAGCUGAGCAAUUCUGAUUCUGAAGAAGAAAUUGAUGAAAAACUAAUGGAUCAACCAAAGAUACCAAAGCAGUUGUUACAAACAAAAGAUCGCCGUAUCAGAAAAAAAAAUCAAGGAGUUCAUUUAAAACCUGUGAGACCUCUAGAACCUCAUAUUAAAAAAUUGGGAUCUGAACCUUGUCUUUGGUCAGGCAACUCUCCACCAAGAUAUAGAAAAAAAUCAAAAAGCCAUGAAAGUUUCAGUGAUAUUGAUAAAUUUCCAAUAAUUGACAAGAAAACUACUGAAUCUUUAACCUGCCUGAAUGAUCAAAUUUCAAGGUCUUCUUCAAAUAAUGAAAUUUUUCUUACUCCUCCAAGUGAUAAAAAAACAUUCGAUAAAAGGAAAAAGCGAUCUCUUUCUCCAAAAUCUCUUUCACAAGAUGCAAUUUCAAAGCUAAGUUCAGAUGAAUUUAGAUCUAAAAUCAGUUCAGACCCUGCUGUGUCGUUAAGUAUAUUUAAUAAACCUUCAAACCCAAAUACUAAGACUGCUUCAGAAGAUAGAAAUUCAAGUAUUCAGCUUCAUGCAAAACUAGUAGAAGUUGAAUCACAGAGAAUACAUUCGAAAAUUUGUGGGCUUAAAAAUCUUGGAAAUACUUGUUAUAUGAAUUCAGCACUUCAAUGUUUGGUUCAUACAGAACCAUUAAGAGAGCUGAUUGAACCAACAUGCACGAACGGGAGUAGAUCUUUACAAACUUCUCAACCAAGUCACCGAAACUUAGCCAGUAGCUUUUCUCAGCUUAUUAAAGACAUGUUGCAGGCACCAGGUCUAGGAUAUUGCAAUCCAUAUGACCUAAAAAAAGCUAUAGAAAGUCAUGCUCCAAUUUUUAAAGGGAAUUCUCAACAAGAUGCUCAAGAAUUAAUCACUCUUUUUAUUGGUGGUUUACAUGAAGAAUUCAAUGAAAUAACUGGAAAAAAGCCAUAUGUUACAAUGGAAGUGGACGAAAGUCAAUUUGAAUCAGAAGAG